AAAUGUGUGGCUCUCAUUGCGGGAAAAUUUCCAUUUGGCCUGUGGAAGAAAGCUGUUCGAUACGACGUCUAUUUUCUUAAGCCAGUUGCUCUUUAUCUAAGAAUUUUAUGGAUGUUCCUUCGUAUCGAUUCGAAUGUACUCCGUUGGUUGAAGUGAAAAAAGAAGCUAGAGAUCUCGAAGAUAGGAAGGAACCAAAGGGUAGUAGAAAAACGGAAACCACGAAUAUAGUGACAGAUACGAGUCGGAAUCUUGUCUCCUCCAUGGGGAGGCCAGUUUCUACUUCUACCGUAUCUGACGGUAGCUCAAAGGGUAGUGAAGUACAACCUGAAAGCUCUUAUUCGUCUUCUACUUUUCGUAAGCAACAAGGAAGGAAACCUUACCAACUGAAGAAAGUAAGAGAAAGUUGGACUCCAGAGGAACACGAACGCUUUGUGGAGGCUCUCAGAAAAUACGGUAGAAACUGGAAAAGAAUCCGAGAUUGUGUUGGCGGAAAAGAUUUGUUUCAGAUACGAAGCCAUGCUCAAAAGUAUUUUAUUAAAGUUCAGAAAUAUGGAAUGCAAGAAACGAUACCUCCACCUAGACCAAAGCGAAAAUCUAUCAAGGUUGAUCCGUCACAAGGAAAACAAGAGAUUAAGGAAGAUACCUCUCGAGUUGACCCAUUUGAUGAACUUCAUUGUUCCAAUUCAAGCAUAGUUCAAGAUAGUUCUUCGAAUAACGUCAGGCUACCACAGGCAUCCAGUAGUGGUGACCAAUUGAAGAAGUCAGCAGUUACACAGCUGUUUGCACCGCAUAAUAUAGAAAAAUGUGACGAUUCUGAGUUUGGACAAGUUCCAGAAAUAUCAGACGGAUACCGUAUGGGACAGAUGGCGACAGGUCCAGAUUUUGGGAAAGUUUAUGAUAUAUUUUCGCGAGUUUGUGAAGAUGGAGGCGAAGAACAGGUCGAAAACAAUCUCAAAGAUGGCAUUCGUAGUCUUUCUGUUGUAGACAAAGAACUUGUUUGUCUUCUUGCGAAAAACAUGAAAGCGAACGUAUCCAAGGAUGUGUUUCGCAAUGCUAUAAUUGAAGUCACGCAAUCAUCGACACGUAAUUGCAACGACAAAGAAUGGAACCCAAAUGCAAAUGAAUAACUGGCAAUUUCCCGAUAUGGCAUUGUUUUUUUUGUAAAUAUUUAAAAUAUGAAAAGUUGUUUCAUAAAUGCAAAAUUUAUAUGAGC